CUCCUUGUGAAGCCCGCCCGGUCAGCUGGGUCAUCUCGGCCCGAGGAGCCCUGCUACAGCCUGUCUUGGCACUGGCGGCGUCUUCACUGUCUCGUCAUUCCAGAACACGACCGACGUGGAACCGGACAACGGACGUCCAGAGCCAGGGUGGCGGCAGAGGGAAAGGAAAGAUUAGCUCUUCACCCCUCUCCUGCCAACCCCAACUUCCAGAUACGUUCACUCCAUCUAUCCACAUUCACUUCUUUCUACUUCUCCACUCACUAUCUGUCCCUACACCUUCCAUUUUUCCAUUUCCUCUACCUCUUUCUCCUCAUCUUCCUGCUCAUCCACUCCCUCCUCUUUCCUCCUUUGACGUCUCCACUUUCUUCUCCUUCAUCCCAGCAACAUUUUAAUUCUCAUCUGUCUCUUUAUAUUCUUCCUCCUCCUUCCUCUACUCUUUCUCUUUCUUUUCCUGCUCCUUUCCUAUUCUUCUUUCUCUUCAUUCUUCUUCUUUUCACGUCAAUCCUCGUCAAUCCGGUUCAGCAGACUCGGCGGAUUCGAGUCAAACUGCAUCCCCUCCCUUUGCGAGUCUCCUCCUCACCGCAUGCCUCCAGCUCCCCUCGAACAGUCCAAGAGCAUUCUGAUAACCACAUAAAAGAAGUGCCCCGGACUGGGCAGCCCAACUUCGGACGGAGGAUUGGCCAAUUCUUCUCACCCUCCGCACCCUGCGCCCUGCUCCCCACAUCCCAUGCCUGGUCUUGGUCCCCAGAUCACCUUCAGACGCAGUUGACGCGAUGA